CGCGGGAGGGCACCUCAGUCGCGCCGCGCUCUACCACGUGGUAGUACUACAGGUCUACGAUAUCGGUGUGUGAGUGAGUUCCGUGUUUUUAAUUCGACGUACGGAGCGAUGCGUGUUCAGAAUAGGAAUCCGCCGGCGUGUAUGUAAACGCGGACAAAGCUUUGAAGAUGGGUUAGUCGUAACUGCUUAACAAAGACUGGUCACGCCGAAAAUGGAUUACAAAGAAGUGAGGAAAUGGGACUUUGUAAUUAACGAAUAGUGUAUCGAAUGGAGGUAAAAUAAAGAGUGACAGAAAGAUGGACGACAGCUCACCAGAUCUAUCGUUGAAACUGCGACGAGGAUCCAGCGAUUCGAGGGAGUCGUUUUAUAUGGACUUCGCUCAAGGAAUCGACUCUGACAUAGAAGAGGUGACGACGAUUGAACGGAUAAUACCUGAGCAUCCGGGUGGGAGGACGGAGGGAGAUGCGGAUACGCUCGCAACGCCUUCCGGACUGGAUGACAAGGAUCUAUCACAAUGCUGCUACUCAAUACCAGCGAACAACAUGUCGGGUGGUUCCCACGUUUCGAGGGGUACUUUUGGCGCAGACUCCGAGAUGUCUGGGAGCAGCGCUCCGCCCCUGCCAAGCCCAGCAUCGCCGGGAGCUGCACUAGUGUCACCAGAGACAUUAAGCAGGCAUAGCAGCCCUCCACCAAUCCCAGCUCACCCGACACAUCAACCGGCGCCAUCUUGUUCUUCUCAUCGAGUUCACUUGGAAUCACCUCUGAGGUUAUCCAGCCCGCCAUCAAUGACCUUGGGCGCGUCACUUUCUUUGCAACCAAUGCUGUACGGGUCUGGCAGCGGUUCAGUUCAACCACCCCUACCUCCGAGCAGGCAUCCGACACGGCCAUCUGCUUCGAUUCAAAAUAUGCACAUAAUAAGCGCAGGGGAUGCACUCGCGACGACACUUUCGGCGUUGUAUGGGAAACUCUUGGUUGUAAUGGGAGUUGCGUUUCCAAUGGCCGAAGUGAUCUCAACAUACAUACCACCAUCUUUUUAUGAGGGUUUUUAUUUGUACCUGUAUAUCGGCAGUAUGGUGUUCCUUCUAUACAUGUACGCUGCACUGCUCCGAGACAGGUCGCGCUCCGCAGCUGACACGGCUGUCGUUGCUAAAUCAGAUUCGAGUUCAUCUCCAUCGGAAUCAGACUCGUGUUCAUCCCGGACGGAGCGCAGCAAUGCCACAGCCACGCAUGUGCAACCGCAGCUAGCCGCCAAGCGGUUGUCGCUGGGAUUCGCCCUCGCCACACGCACACAUCACUAUGGUAGUUUCUAUUUGAGGAUGGGUGCAGUUGCAUUCGGCAUCGGUUCAAUGAUUUACUCGGGUCUGGAGUUUGGGCAGUAUUGGGAACUCGAGAGGAAUACAAAUUGCCACAAUGUUCUACUAGCUCUGACGCCCGCCACGCGAAUGGCCUUCAUAUUUAUUCAGAUGUACUUCAUCUUUCUCAACAAUGAGAUGAAAGUAUACAAACAUAAGAUAGUGGCCCGCUUUGGCCUAAUGCAUAUGGUGGGCACCAACCUUAGCGUGUGGCUCAACGUACUUGUUCAAGAAACAAAACACGAAAUACUGACAUUUUACGACCCUGAGAACAAAACAAUUGGCAUCUCCCAUCGCCUUGCAUUUCAAAAGGCAUUUGCAUCGUUGGCGACUGAAGUUCCACCUUCUCAUCCAGCAGCAGCGCAUUUGCGAGUACCUCGAGGACUGAAAGGACCUCAUCAUAUUUUCGAAUGCCGUCGAACGAACAUCAUGGGCUCAUUAGUUCAAGACGCCUCGCCGUUCCUUUUUCCGUGCACAAUCGAAUAUUCUCUCAUCUGCGCAGCCAUACUAUAUGUUAUGUGGAAAAAUAUAUCUAAGUAUCCAUCGAAAGAUGUUGCAGAAGCCAUAGCCAAAGCUCGUCUGUUGGAAGGAUUAGCUUACAAGAAAUCACCUCAUUUAUACAGCGUCGACUGCGCUAGAGCUCAUAAAGGUUUAUUUUUUGGAAUUUUAGUAUUAGUUCUUACUAUUAUAUCGCUCAUUUUGUUCUUCGUUCUUAUUUCAAGAAAAGAAUAUGCUACAUUAGCGGUGGUUGAAGUAAAUGUUUGCGAACUGGUUUUAUACGCAAUGACGACAUUUGCUAGCUUAGCAGGAAUGGUAUGCGUUCGGAACCUGAAGUACGAUGGAAACAGGAAUUUGGAACUUGACAACAUCCUCCUCGUCGGAGCUCAAACCGGAAUGUUCAUUUAUGGAACGUUCACGAUCAUUGGGGGACAUUUUACAAUCGAAAAAAAUACAAUACUUAUAUUGAUAACGGCUUUAUCGUCAUUGGUCCAAACGACGUGUCAGACGAUGUUUAUAUUGGAUGCCAGUCGAAGAUCCGCAAAAACUCCGGAGCAAUUACGCAAAAAACCAGGAAGGGAAAUUGUUACGUUCCUACUCGUGACCAACUUGGCAAUGUGGGCUAUUAAUACUUUGGAGAAAUCUAGGGCAGAGUCACAUCCUGUUCAAUUGCAUUUCUACGGCCUCUGGGCAUGGACGAUCAUAACGCACGUUUCGAUGCCUCUGGCGAUAUUUUACCGAUUCCACUCAACGGUGUGCUUGUGUGAAAUAUGGAAACGAGCGUACAAAAUGAAACCCGCUUACAUGUAGCGAACGGCGCCAAAGAUUUGCAUCGAAUCAUUUAACUUUUGAUCUGAACUAUGACACUGAACGUAGACAAGUGGCGUAGAUAGAUGUUAGUGCCAUAAAGUAUAUAGAUAUUUGUAUAGGAAUAAAUUCGUGUAAGAGUAUUAAAAUAUUAACUACCUUGAAAUGAAAACGUACAUCAUUUAUUUAUACAUGGUGUGCACUUAAACUAGCGCUUGUAUUUGUUCUGAAGUUGACUGCUAUAAUGUUAAGUUAUUGUAUUUAGAUAUUUUAAUGUGUUAUUUAUUUGUAGCUCUAUGAAACGCUUUAACUAACUUAGCGGAUGUAUGUUGAUAAUUGAUGCAGUAUUUCUCAAUUAGACGGGUUGGAUUAAUUAUAUUACUUUUAGCGCUUAAUGUUGUUUUCUCCAUUUUUAUCGUUAUUAGUAGAGGAGUAAUAAAAUCCUUGUGUUCAUUUUGUCACACUAUUUAGGUAAACUUAGAUUAAUUAGUGUAGAGACGUAUGUUUAGAUAUCUUCACAUUCCACAUACAUAACAGAUUAUCUAUGUAACAUUUAUAUUCAUGCAUUCACGUUUCAAAUAAAGAGUCUUCCAAUAGGUUAUUUUAUAAAUCACCUUCACAUAUUUUAAAUUUCAUCAUUGCUUUAUCAAUUUUUUUUUUGUUUUGUCAAAUAUAACUAACGCAUUAUGCUUGUGUCCUUAUUUAUAGCUUUUAAAAUUAAAUUCAUAUUGCACUCAAAAAACUGUAAUAAAUAUCACAACAAAUAUAAUUUCAAAUGUAUUUAUUUAAACUGUAAGAUAAUUUAAAGGACACACGCGAAUAACUUUUAUUAGGUACAGUGGGAACAAUAAUAUCGACCUAAUAAUAUUUUUUCGAAGGCUUUUGAUUAAAAGUAAAUGUAGUGAUUUUUAUAAUCAAUCGAUUGGCACGUUCGGUCUGAUCAGAUAGAUUUUGAAGAUUUUGUAGCGAUAUUUUUGCGAUAUAAAUGUAGUGUCAGUAUUUUGGAUAAAUUUAUAAAAUCGUAGCAAUACCUACUCGAAUGGACCCAGUAGUUAGGCGGAGAGUGACACCAAGUUUUAUAUAAGCUGUAGGAAAUAUUGGAGCUUAUGAAAUAGUAUGGUUACGUGACAUUUUUUGAUAAAUUAGAAACACCAAUUUUAUAGCGAAUAGUCUCAAUUAGUUCGUCCAGUUUGUUUUUAUAUAUUUUAUAUUCAACGUGAAAUUAUUCAGUAUUAAUGGUUCUGUCGGAAUAAUGUUAGAUUCAUAGGUCAGUCGACGGUUGGUUCCAUAUUUGGUAAUUCUAAAGCAAUUAUGUCUUGAAAAAUUAUUAGUACUAGGCUAAUAUGAAUUAAUCAAGAUAAAUUAAUGGCUCAGUUUUCUUUCAUAGAUCUUCAAUUUUUUUUAAAGUCCAAUUUAAUACAACAAUUUGUUCGCACUUUAACAGAUUUAUCUCGUCAGCAUUGUUGGGUUUAGUUCCGAUUUAAAAAUAUAACCUGAUCGAAUGAUUGCUUGUAUAAUU